AUGUUCGCGAUUCUCCGAGGCAGACGAGUCGGGUUCCCACCGGAGGUCUCUAUUUUGGCCGCCCGUCAAUUUAGGGCUUCUGAAAUUGCGGUGUUUUCCAGGCCGUUCACCACCGGGAGACCACCGCCAGGUGUUCGCGAAAAUGACUCUGAGAAAUCCUUCACUUUGUCCUACCUCAUCAGCUCAUGCGGGUUGGCUCCGGACGCCGCCGUCCGCGUCUCCAGUAAACUCCAACUGAAAUCUCCGGAAAAACCAGACGCGGUCUUGAAUCUCCUCAGAGAGUACGGAUUCACUGCCGCCGACAUCUCUGUCAUGGUCACCCGGUGGCCGAACGUUCUCUCUGCCUGCCCAGAUACAACCCUUUUGCCCAAGCUCGAAUUUUUCACGUCCAUUGGCGUCCCUCUCCCCAUCUUGGCCCACAGGCUGUCCCGAUUUCCUUCCGUCUUAUGGCACAGCCUGAAGAACUCAAUCAUCCCCUCAUACGAUUUACUGAAAAACCUUCUCGGUUCGGAUAAGGGGGCAGUUGAAGUCUUUAAACAGGCUCCCCAGUUCUUCGGUUGGCGCGGGGCAGACGACAUCUCGUCUAACUUCUCGUUUCUUCUGGCCUGCGGAGUCCCUCGGCCGUCUCUCGUCUCACUCGUCACGUACGAGCCAAGAAUACUCUUGGCUCCUCAGGAAAAGUUAUCCUCGUGCGUGGAUCGAGCAAUAGAAAUAGGGUUUGAGGUGUCCAAUAAUGCAUUUUUGAAGGCCAUUCGGGUUUUGGUGUGUUUUGAGGAAUCGACCCUUAAGCGCAAGAUGGAGGUUUAUAGAAAGUGCGGCAUGUCUGAAUCCGACAUCAGGACCGCCUUUCUGAGUCACCCGCUGUGUAUGGCCUUGUCUGAGAAGAAGAUUUCGGAGAGUAUGGGUUUUCUAGUUGAUAAAGUAGGGUGGGCACCAGGUGACGUGGCCCGGUGCUCUUGGCUCCUUGGGUACAGCCUCGAAAAGAGAAUGAAGCCGAGAUGGGCUGUUGCUGAGGCUUUGAAUGAGAAGGGGCUGAAGAAUGUGGCUAUCACGACCUUGCUGUUAAUGUCCGAGAAGAAUUUCUUGAAGACCUAUGUCGAGAGGUACGAGAAGGAUGUUCCGGAACUUUUGGAAAUUUAUCGAGGUAAUCAAAUACUGGCCCGAACCUCUUGA